UGGUUGAUAAGUGAAUUCCGUGUGGAAUGGGAAAAGAUUGGACUGGAAAAUGAGUAGGAUUUGGGGGUAUUAUUUCAAUACACUUAGACCUGUGCUACGUUUCUCGCGUUUCGCGCAGCUCGUGUAGGAUGAGCUCCUUUGAUUUCGGCAGACCCGGUGGACCUGUUGAGAGGGACAUCGAGCAGGCUAUAAUAGCUCUUAAAAAGGGGGCUUGUUUGCUUAAGUAUGGAAGAAGAGGGAAGCCCAAGUUCUGCCCAUUCCGAUUGGCAAAUGACGAGUCUGCUCUAAUAUGGUUUUCAGGUAAAGAGGAGAAAUAUCUUAAACUGAUUCAUGUUUCCAGAAUAAUAUCUGGACAGCGCACAGUUGCAGUGAUUUUUUUGUCAGCCUGGAUUAUUUAAAGCUUCAAUUUUAUUCUUUGCCAGCCCAUUUUCCAAAGGUACCCAAGACCUGAGAAGGAGUACCAAUCAUUUUCCCUAAUAUACAAUGACAGGUCACUGGAUUUGAUAUGUAAAGAUAAAGAGGAGGCGGAGGUCUGGUUCAGCGGUUUGAAGGCACUGAUUUCACGUUGUCACCAGCGAAAGUGGAGAACAGAAUCAAGAAGUGAUGGGAUUUUGUCUGGCACUAAUAGUCCCAGGACUUGCACACAAAGUUCUCCGCUGCAUUCUCCAUUUGGUAGUGGUGAUAGCCUGCAGAAGGAUGUCGGUGAUCAGCUACGGCUUCAUAGUCCAUAUGAAAGCCCACCUGAAAAUGUUCUUGAAAAGGCACUUCCUGAUGUGAUGCUCUUACCUCCCAAAGGGGUUUUCCCUUCAGAUUCUGUUAGUGGUUCUGUUCAUUUCUUAUCUUCUGGAGGUCCAGACGGAGUACAUGGUCAUAUAAAGACAACAGGGAUGGAUGCUUUUAGAGUAAGCCUUUCAAGUGCUGUUAGCUCGUCAAGUCAAGGUUCGGGGCAUGAUGACAGUGAUGCUUUGGGUGAUGUUUUUAUAUGGGGAGAGGGUACAGGAGAUGGUGUAUUGGGUGGUGGACCCCAUAAAGUGGGAAGCUGUUUUGGAGGUAAAGUGGAUUCUUUGUUGCCCAAGGCUUUAGAAUCUGCUGUUGUACUCGAUGUAGCGAAUAUCGCUUGUGGUGGUCAACAUGCUGCCCUAGUUUCAAAGCAAGGAGAGAUAUUUUCUUGGGGUGAGGAAUCCGGAGGAAGGCUUGGACAUGGAGUUGAUUCUGAUGUUUUGCAACCAAAGCUUAUAGAUGCUCUAGGAAAUACAAGCAUCGAGCUCGUUGCAUGUGGCGAACAUCAUAGCUGUGCAGUAACACUUUCUGGUGAUCUCUACACGUGGGGUGAUGGUCAUUUUGGUCUUCUUGGGCAUGGGAAUGAAGUAAGCCAUUGGAUCCCAAAAAGAGUUAAUGGCCCUAUGGAGGGUAUACAUGUAUCAUGUAUUGCUUGUGGGCCCUGGCACACCGGGGUUGUGACAUCUUCUGGGCAAUUGUUUACUUUCGGCGAUGGCACUUUUGGAGUUCUUGGGCAUGGAGACCGGAAAAACAUUUUCAAACCUAGGGAAGUGGAUUCUCUAAAGGGACUUAGAACUGUGAGAGUCUCUUGUGGAGUUUGGCAUACUGCUGCUGUUGUAGAGGUCAUGGUUGGAAACUCAAGUUCAAGCAAUUGUUCUUUGGGCAAACUAUUUACAUGGGGGGACGGUGAUAAGGGUCGGCUAGGACAUGGUGACAGGGAGUCCAGACUUGUACCGACAUGUGUUGCUGCCCUAGUUGAACUCAAUUUUUGUCAGGUUGCUUGUGGACAUAGCCUAACUAUUGCUCUGACCACUUCGGGUCAUGUCUACUCUAUGGGCAGUCCCGUUUAUGGGCAGUUAGGAAAUCCUCAAUCUGAUGGGAAACUCCCAUGUCGUGUUGAAGGAAAACUCACAAAGAGUUUUGUGGAGGAGAUCGCUUGUGGUGCUUACCAUGUUGCUGCUUUGACUUCUCGCACAGAAAUUUUUACAUGGGGAAAGGGAGCAAAUGGAAGGUUAGGUCACGGGGAUAUGGAUGAUAGGAAUUCACCGACGUUAGUGGAAGCUUUGAAAGAUAAGCAGGUUAAAAGUAUUGCUUGUGGUGCUAAUUUUACUGCGGUUAUUUGCCUUCACAAAUGGGUCUCCGGGAGUGAUCAAUCUAUGUGUUCUGGCUGCCGACUUCCUUUUAAUUUCAAAAGAAAAAGACAUAACUGUUAUAAUUGUGGACUUGUGUAUUGUCAUUCAUGCAGUGGUAAGAAAUCACGGAGGGCUUCAAUGGCUCCAAACCCUAAUAAACCAUAUCGGGUGUGUGAUAGUUGUCUCUAUAAGCUUAAAAAAGCUGCUGAAACUGAUGCUUCACCUCAUUUUUCUGUGAGUAGUAGAAGAGGAAUGAAGGAUCAGGGGCUAAGUGACACUAUUGAUAAAGACAAUAGAAUGGAAGCACGGCAAAGACCUCAUCUUAAUAGGAUUUCUUCAAUGGAAUCUUUCAAACAAGUGGAAACCCGCUCUUCCAAGCAAAAGAAGAAGAUGGAGUUUAAUAGCAGUCGGGUGUCACCUAUUCCCAAUGGCAGCUCCUCCCAGUGGGGUCCUCUCAAUCUGUCUAAACCUUUCAAUCCAGGAUUCGGCUCAUCAAAGAAAUUUUUUUCAGCCUCGGUCCCAGGAUCAAGAAUUGUUUCUAGAGCAACGUCUCCGGUAUCAAGACGAACCAGUCCACCUCGUUCCACUACACCCACCCCAACUCUUGCUGGCCUCACUUCACCAAAGAUGGUACUGAGUGAUGCUAAGAAAGUCAAUGAUAACCUUAGCCAAGAAGCUAUGAGACUGAGAAAACAGGUGGAAAUUCUCACCCGCAAAGCUCAUGCUCAGGAGAUAGAACUGGGAAGAACUACCAAACAGCUGAAGGAAGCGAUAGCAAUAGCAGGAGAGGAGACUGCCAAAUGCAAAGCAGCAAAAGAAGUGAUCAAGUCACUCACUGCUCAGCUAAAGGAAAUGGCUGAAAGACUGCCCGUGGGUGCUUCAAGGAACAUCAAACCUCCACUGAUGCUUGCUUCCACUACCCCACCAAAUGCUUCAACGGAGCAUGUGAAUGGUGCAGUGACAUGCCCUAAGCAAUUGGAGUCGAAGAGAGCCAACAACCAACCACUUUCCAAUGGGGCAAUCACGUCAUGUAACCGUAAUAGUGGGCAUAUGAGGCAGGCAAGUUCAGAAGCAGCAAGAAAUGGAAACCGGGGAGGGAAAGAAGAUGAAUCCCAAAAUGAGAAUGAAUGGGUUGAGCAAGAUGAACCCGGUGUAUAUAUCACACUCACUUCUUUGCCAGGAGGCUUGAAGGAUCUCAAGCGUGUUCGCUUCAGCCGGAAGAGGUUCAGUGAAAAACAGGCAGAGCAAUGGUGGGCAGACAACCGAGGAAGAGUGUAUGAAAAAUACAAUGUACGUACAGCGGAUAAGUCGAGUAUUGGCGCUGGAAGCGAUGAGUAAACAUCGCAAGCCUGUUCUUUUGCAUCCAUAUUCUACUGCCACUGCAGUCAAAGGUUUGCCACAUGCCAGCAGCUAAGAAUUAGGGAGUAGAGGUUUGGUUGCGGCCUUUCCUUCUUCCAGUGCAUGUUUUCCUUAUAAUCUGUAUGUAUGUAUGUGUGUAUGUUCGAUUCUUUUCUCUGAUUCCAAUCCUCCCCUAAUUAUGCCUUUUUUCCUUUCUUGGUACCGAGGGUGAGAAAUGUAAAUUCUGCUUUGUAGCAUGGUGUGCUCACCCACUUGUAAAUUCCACCAGUAAAUCUCAUUCCAGAUUCUACCAAUUUUGCCCUAUUGCUCGCCCUUGUCUGUAUUUUCCACUUUGCCCAAUUUAACCACAUGGAUGUAAUAUCCAAAAUACAAACUUGCGAAGAUAAAAAUCUGAUUGGCA